UCUUAGUUUUUUAUGCAUACAAAUUUAUAGUUAUCAAUUACCCGAUGAAACUGAGAAUUAAAUACCUGAGAUAAUUAGUUACUUGAGAAAUGUAGUUCUCAGGUUUCACGAGACUUUGUUCAGUCUGAUACUCGAAUGAAUGGUCAAAUAUUAAACGAGGCUGGCCACCAUAAUCGUCAAUAUUGUAUACGAUAUGUUUAUUGUACGACUAGAUAAGAUAUAAAUAAUGGGCAUGUGAUGCCUCCCAUAAUUAAACACUUCCUCAGCAUUGUGAUGUCUGUGUAAAUGAAAGGACUUACUAAAUAAAUUCGUUGUAUUUUUUGGUGAUGAACUAAUAAGUUCAGAAAAUGAAUAUUUCUGUUUUGACACUAUUAUUCGCUGGUUUGGCUAUAAUUGGAAGUGUAGAGGCACAAGUGAAUUUGGACACAUUGCAAUUGGUGCAAGUACUAUUUCGGCAUGGGGAGCGAGUUCCUGAAUAUGCAUAUCCGACUGAUCCUUACAAUUCGGAAUCCCAAUGGAAGGAAGGGUGGGGGCAGUUAACAGAAGUGGGCAAAAAGCAAGAGUUCGAGUUGGGACGGUAUCUCAGAAGCAGAUAUCAAACUUACAUUUCUGAUAACUUUGUGCCAAAUGAAAUAUACACGCUCAGUUCCGACACGGACAGAACAAUAAUGUCUGCAGAACUGUGCCUGGCUGGCAUAUUUCCCACUGAAAAUGGCACUGAAUGGAAUCCUGACUUAAAAUGGCAGCCUAUUCCUUUGCAUGUGAUUCCAGAAGUUUAUGAUAAUAUCCUUCGCUGCAAGAAAAAAUGUCCAAAAUUCGAAGAGGAAUUAAGACACGAGUUGUACAAUUCUCCAGAAAUGAAGCAGCUUAAUUCUGACAACCAGCAACUUUUUGAAUAUCUCAGUAACAACAGUGGCGUUGCCAUUUCAAAUAUUGACGACAUUGAUAGAUUCUGGGCGACCAUGAUGGAACUCCUUGGCCUUCCACUUCCCUCUUGGGCUGUUCCCGUCGUGCAUACGGACAAUUUCCAGUAUAUGUACAAUCUCAGCAUGGCGAUAAAAUCAUCUACUUUAGAACUCAAACGACUCAGAACCGGUCCGCUGCUGGACAGCAUCAACUCACAUUUUCAUGAGCGGAUGUCAAAUGCUUCCAGCAAAACCAAACUUUAUAUUUAUUCAGCGCACGACACCACCAUCGUAAAUCUUCUCAAUUCACUGGACAUUUUUGACCUGCAAAUCCCUCGAUAUUCGUCAAUAGUCAUGAUGGAGUUGCAUAAAACCCUCGAUACGAAUAACUAUUUUAUCAGCUUUUCAUUUCGUAAUGACACGCAGAGGGAACCCUACAAGCUAAAACUUCCAAUUUGCGAGCUUGACUGUCCAUAUGAGGAGUUCACAAAAUUUGUCGAGCCGAUGAUUCCGCAAGACUGGGAUGCAGAAUGCCAACUGGAACCAGCACCAUCCAAUACCGAGGUUAAUCCCAUCGUUCAUUAUUUCAUUGCGGGAGGCGUGGGUCUGCUACUUUUAGGAUUUGCAUAUUUUCUAUUAUCCAAAGUUCUCUGCAAGAAGAAAAGUCAAGACCAAGAAGGAUACGAAAAGUUUUAACGACAGCUAAAAAAUCCAGGAAAGUCCGUGUUGAUUAAUAAUACAAGACAGAAAUAUAAAUAAACACUUAUUUCCAGUUACGCAAUAUAAAUACAA